CAGCAGCAACAGCAGCAGCAGUUACCGCAGAGGCCUCACAGUUUCGUCGGCUUCUCUCGCGCUGACGUGCCGGGUGGCGUUUCGGGUGGCGUGUCGGGUGGCGUGUCGGCGACAGGAGACUUCUACUCCACCCGCUACAACAACAGGGUUCGAAUCCCGCUCGACUCGUUCCGCAGCGGUUACUCUCGCGGCUCCACCAACGCCGCUGUGAGAUCGUCCCUCUUUCUUCUCCGACAGAACAGAUCCUCCGACGACAUCCGUAGCGAGGCGGUGACGACACCGUCACUGUAUCGGGACCUACUCACCGGCAGCCCGUCACCGUCACUGUAUCGGGACCGUGAGGCAGGGGUACCGGCACGUUCGGCCACAGCAUUAGGUACAUCGUCAGUGAGAGCUGUCAACUCCUCAUCCUCCUCCUCUCUCCACUUACGUGACGUUUCCCCUUACAGAUCUCCGUCAGUCGCCACCAACAGGAGUUACCUCAACCACCGAGGAGACAGCAGCCUCUUCAACAACAACAACAACCGCAGCAGCAGCAACAACCGGAACAACAACAACAGCGACAGCAACUACUACGACGCCUCUGAUGUGAUUCUCGGUCAGAGCAGGCCUAGCGCCUCUCAGCGUCACCCAACACGACACGACGGCUACUACACGACCGACUCUCUCGAAUACACAACCGAAGGAGUCGGUAACAACAGCAACCACCACAAUAUCGAAACAUCCUCCCCCAGCACCUACAACAUCCCCAACACCACCACCAACAACAUCAACAACAGCACCAACGGCAGCAGCAGCGUUAACUACUACAACUACAACAAAAAACCCAACCCCAACACCCCCGGGAAAAAGAACCGCGCUUCGAGACAAGGCUUAAGCGCAGUCGACGACGGUCAAACCGGCCACGCGUCAGCUCUGGUCAGCUUCACGCUGCCCGAGGAUGAUGCCGCCGCUUCGGCCACGGAGGAGGGACUCGCUGACCACUGCAGUGACCACCAGGAGGCGGUGUACGGCCAGUUCCACGCUAGCCCCUCAGCCUAUCGCAGGAUGAGCACGCCGGAGUUGCCUCCCAUCGCCACCGACAACACAUCGGGCAAAGGGGGUCAGGGAAGAACGCCCCGGGGGGACAAGAGGAAACCUCACAACCACGGACAUAGAGCGCCAGGCAAAGGUGUGUCCAUCCAUCAGCUGUCGGCUGCAGUGACCAGCAAAAGCUACUACAACCGCAAGGCCAGUGGUCAGAACACUGACGUCAGCAGCAACUCGGCCGUAUCCCAGUCAGUGAGGAAGAACAAGAAGCGGACAGGGGGUGGGGCAGGGGGCGGGACAGGGGGCGGAGUGUCAUCUGUCAUACCGCGCAAUCACAGCGACUCCUCUCUCAAGGCGCUCACUAACACAGGCCACCACACCUCCAGCCAGAGCCAGGGCUCGGGGUCAACGGUCAACUCCUACCCGCCGGGGGAGGGAGGGGGCAGUGGUAGCGGGGGCGGAGGCUCCUCGGGGGUCAGACAGGUCAAGUUUCUCUCCAACGGCUCUCGGGCUCUCUCCUGGAGCGCUACGGACAACAGCGGCUCGCAGUCCAAACUAGAGACCUUGUUCGAAGGACAUAACAACCUUCAGGACGGCAACAACAACAUCAACAACAACGGCAACAACCACAGCAGCAGCAGCAACAAUUUCGGAGGCAGUAACAACAACAGCGGAAGCCACCUCGCCAUCGGGGCGGGCGGGAGCAGCCAACACGGCAUCAGCGUGUACAUAGGUGGCGCCAGUUUCCACGGCAACAACAGCAGCAGCCUCAGCCCCACCGAGCUGCUGCACAACAAGCGCAGCAGCAGCAACAACAGCAUCAACAACCUUCAGGGCUUCGGCCGAGACAACAGUUUCGGCGAGAUGCCGGCGCUAGUGAAUCAACAACAACAACAGCACCAUCAGCGGUCCGUUUCCGUCAACGGCCUGCGCAGUAGGGAGGACGCGCAGAGGCUUCGGGCGCUCAAUCGGAAGCUGAUGAGUGAGUAUGGCGACGGGGAAGUGGCUACGGUGGAAGAGUUCUCCACCAAAGGAAAGAUGCGGCGCUCCAUGUCGGAAAACAAAUUGGGUGGAGCCAAACUGGGUCAAGUACCCAACAACCCUCAGAGCCCCACGGGCACUCACAAUUACAGACAGACGAAGGGAAGUAACCGCAGCCUGUCUAGAAACCUUUCCGUCGACCGGAUAGACCGCCUCACGUCGCAAUCGAAAGCCACACGCAAAACGACGAUGUCUCCUUCAAAACUCGCUGCCGGCAACACGCAGAAGUUGCGGAGAAGACGCAGCAACAACGCCAUCAACACGGCUGGUGGCGGGGUAGUAGGUGACGUCAUGCCCCCGCCGGAGUCCGCUGAUGACGUGUUUGACGUGGACGAGGAGACGUUGGAGGCCAGCAACAGACUGGUGGAGUGGCUGAACGUGGUCAACAAUGUGGAAGAGUACGACACGGACCCUAAGGAUACGUUUGUAGAGUACGCGGACGAACCUCCCCAGACGGACACAGCCGUCCAUUUGGUCUACGGCGGGAACUGA